AGCACCAGUUUACUGAAGCAUCGGCACUGGAGGUGAUGCACGCCGGCUGAGAGCUCAGCUGCAACUCUGCGAAACCCGGUCGUCUUCCAGGAGUGGACUUUUCACUGGAGAAAAUCAAAAAAGCAAGACAACAUGAUCCGAAACUGUUCCUUUACUGCUUGAUUUUCCCGCAAUGUGUUUGUAUCUGGAUUAAGUUUCCCACGUCAUUUCGAGCGACGGCGGUCGGUGUGGGCAAACAUGAGGAUAACUGUCGGUUCCCGUGGAUGAUGAUGCCCCAGAAUGAACACAGAUUUUCAAAAUCCACUGCAAGGCCCUCGACCAAAGGUUCGCAGUCAUCUGACCAUCAGAGUGCAGUCCAAACUGAUGUCCCGGCCGUGUCCCCCUGUUCGUGGUCCAAAACCUCUUGUCGCCCCAAAGCCCGGACCCCUGUGUGAGCCUCAUGCACAAUGGGAGUCCUGCACCCCACAGAGCCUGAGUAACGGAGACCUGGCUCACUUUGAUGGGGAGACGGAAGAUCUUCAUGAAAUGGCUGCGGAGAACCAGGACAAAGAGGAGAAAAGCGAGGAUGGGGUCAAUGACAUGGACACCGGGCACAAUGACAAAGAGGACAUAGCAGAAGGAGAAACUGAGGAGGAAACAGAAAAAGAAGUAGACAUAUUAGAUAAUGAUGGCGACAGCAUUGGCUCUGAGGACACAGUGAAAGCUGAUGAUGGUUCUAAUGUUGAUACUACUGAGGAUGAAAACACUGACAAUGACUCGAUCCAGCCUGAAGGUGGUAAUCACACUGAUGAUGAGAAAACAUCAACGCCUUUACUUAAUCCUGCUGAGACAAAGGAUGAAACGGGAGAGGAGGCAGAAGAGGAGGAACCAAGUUUUAGUGAAAAAACUGACAUUGUUUGUGGCUCUUCAGGACACGAACAUGUAGAGGAACAGAAUCUUUAUCAACAACAGUCCCUCAGUCAGGGUGACAAGGACAAUGAUACUGGACAUAAUGAGGUAGAUAGUGAACAAAAUGAGGACUCUGUCCCCUGUUUAACCACAGAUGAGACUGAGCUGGAAGCUGGAGGAUUUGCAUUUGGAUUCAGUGUGCUUCCAACUGUAACUGAGGAGUAUCCCUACGAUGUGAUUGGACCCACAGAUGAUGCUAGUGAUACAUGUGAGUCAGUUGACCAAGCUGAAACAGGGGAAACAGAGGUAUGGCAACCAGAACGGGCCACCAAGGACCUCUCUGGCUGUUUCCGUUUCACAUCCAGCACUGAGGAUGUGUUUGGGCCUUAUUCGGUCAUCGAAGCUGUUCGACCAGAUAUGACCGGCACCGCUGACCCAGAGUGGAGUCAGGAUGAUACCGAUGACAAACCCUCGAAUGAACUGCAAACGACAGGUGCUUCUGACCAGGAACCUUUCUAUGUGUCAUCAGACGACGUGGACAAGCUAGAGGAUAAGCAAGUCCUCUCAGAACAGGGUGAGAUUGAGGAGGGCACCGAGCAGUCGAAUCAGCACAAAGACAAAGCAAAGGACAGCGAGUCAGCAGAUGAGUAUGCGGACAUUGAUGAUUCACUCUGCUUUCAAGCAGAAGAUAGGCAGCUGGAGUGUGUCUCAUCGGAGGAUUACGUUGAGAUAGGCGAUGAUGACGAAGAGGAAGAAACGGAAAAGAAACAUAUCAAAGGGAAAAGUGCAAAAGAGAGAACAGCUAAACGAGAGCAGGCUUUCCUCAGCCAGCGAUCGAGCUGCCAGCCUCGCCUCAGGUUGUGCAACAUCACAGUGCCAUCAGACCUAGAUGCAGGCCGAACCCCAGAGCUCACCAACAGGGUGGUGUUUGCCCACACCACUGAAGCCUUCGAAGAAGACAUUGAGGAACUGGACUGCCAUAUUGUGCCUUACUAUGAGGACUCAGACUCAGACAGUGAGGAGCAUAUAUACGAGGAGGCAGGGUUUGACUCAGAAGGGGAGAACUUUGUGACAAUUGAUCGGAAGACUAUUGUCACACGGUCACGCUCUUAUUCUGGGAAAGUUCCAGGUUAUGUCCCAGAAACUGUACCAGAGGAGACUGGGACGGAGUGCCAGACUCAUGACUACUGCACAGUGGCCUUAGAUAAAAACAACGAACCGCUUAGCCAUUCACAGCAGCCUGGGGUCAAAUCUUUGAUCCCGUCUAUGAAGUCUCAACGUUUAUUGUUUUAUUCCCGAUCUGCAGAGGGUUCAGAAUUGACCUUGACCACUCCCACAGAGUUCAACCACUCUCUAAAGGGUGACAACAGGGCAAAGAGGAAAGAUGAUAGUCUUUCUCUCCCAUGUGUCAUAACCUCUUCUGGAAGCUUCUCCCAGCGUAGCCAUCAAUCAUCCAGUGGUGUUUCCACACCAACCUCUCUAGUAGACAUCCCACCCCCCUUUGAGCUGGCCUACAUCACUAAAAGACCAGUCACCAAGAGUUCCCCAUCCCUCCUGAUCCAGCAUGAACCCAGCGACAUACCUAAGAAGAAGAAGUCCUCCUUCAAGCGCUUCCUGGCGCUCAAGUUCAAGAAGAAGACAGAUACAAAGGGUUUUAGCGAUGGCAGUGUGCGCUCUUCUCGUUCUUCCUCAGAGUCCAGCCACCAUGGCCCAGCGAGAGUCAUAGAGCUUGAUCGUAGAAGCACCGGCAGCUCACCUCAGCUUCAGAACCGCAUUGUAAACCCCCAGCAGCGUCCUUUGGAACUGCCAUCCCCCUUUUUCCUCUACAAAGACAACCAGAGGAGGAAAGGUGACCCUAAAGCUUAUGGCAGGAGCGUCUCCAGAGUGGAGUCCUUCGAGGAGCGUUCGCGGCGCUCUGCCAUGCCGCUGCCUUUGACCAAACCCCGCUCCAUCUCCUUCCCCAGUGCGGACACCUCAGAAUAUGAAAACAUCCCGGCCAUGAGCUCAGACUAUGAGAACAUCCAGAUCCCAGGCAGACCCACCAGAUCCCACACUGUCACUGAGUUUUUCGAGGACCCAAAUCGCACUACAGUCGCAUGCAAUGAGAAUGAUGGCUAUGUGGAUAUGAACAGUUUCCCUGGGAUUGACAGCAUAACCAACACAUCAAAAGAAGACACAGAAAGUACCUACACAGAGCCUUUCCCAAUAAACCCCAUCUCCGCCGGGCUGUCAGCAGAUGAGGACCACGGGCGUACGUCAGAGGAGGAAGAGGGAGUGGCUGAACAGAGUUAUGACAGACAGAUUGAUGGCCGAUCUCGAGCAUUCUACGUCGCCAAAGAGCUCGUGGACUCCGAGAGACUACACUUCAGUGCCCUCAAGUACCUUCAACAGGACUUUAGGUCCGCAGUGACAGAGGCAUCAGUGGGUGAGGAAGAGGAGCCUGUGCUGGAGGAGCAGAGGUUAGGAGAGAUAUUGGGCAUGCUCCCCCAGGUCUACACCCUCCACAGCAGCAUCCUUACUGAGCUGGAGGAGCGCAUUAGUCAGUGGGAGGAGAGCCAAAGGGUAGUUGAUGUGAUCCUGUCACGUCGGGAGGACUUUCGGGUGUUUGACACCUUCAUCUCAGAGUAUGAUCGCAGCAUGUCUUUACUGGAGGAGAGCUGCAGAGACAACCUGGCUUUCGCCAACAUCGUCAAGAAAUUUGAGAAAAAACCCCCAGAGGAAGCUGAAGUCCCACUGAAACACCAGCUGCUGCAGGUUAUUGUGAGAGUGCUUCAAUAUCGAAUGCUUCUCACAGAUUACCUGAACAACCUCUCUCCUGAUUCGAAAGAAUACGAGGACACGCAAGCUGCCUUGGUGAUCGUGUCCGAGGUGGCGGACCUGGCCAAUGACAACCUGAAACAGGGGGAGAACUUGCUGCGUCUGGUCCACAUAGAGUACAGCGUGAAGGGCAAGAGGGAUCUUCUGAAGCCCGGAAGGAUGUUUGUCAAAGAAGGCACUCUCAUGAAGGUCUCGAGGAAAAGCAGGCAGCCGCGACACCUGUUUCUGAUGAACGAUAUAAUGCUGUACACCUACCCUCAGCAGGAUGGGAAAUACAGGCUUAAGAACACACUAUCUCUGUCUGGGAUGAAGGUGAGCAAACCUGUUCUAGACGACGUGCUGAACUGCCUUAAGAUUGAGGUGUCUGACAUCACUAUAACACUCUCAGCAAGCUCAGUCGGAGAGAGGGAGGACUGGUUCCACACGCUGAGUCGAGCCAUAGCAGACCAUGCUGCAGGACUCUGUACGUUUGGUGGGCCCUGCAGUGAGGCCCGUGAGAAGUUGUGGAUGGCCCUGGGUGAGGCUGCCCCCGUACUGGUGCCAGUUUCUCAUGUGAUGAUGUGCAUGAACUGUACCUCUGACUUCAGCCUCACGCUGAGACGACACCACUGCAACGCAUGCGGCAAGGUGGUGUGUCGUGCUUGUUCCAGGAACAGAUACCCGCUGAAGUACCUCAAAGACAGGGUGGCCAAAGUGUGCGACCACUGCUAUGCCGAGCUCAGGAAAAGAGUGGGCAGCGUGUCGGGGGCGUGCGGUAACUCCAGCCCUCGGACUCACCGGGCCAGCCGUCCCCUCUCUGCUGUCUUCCAGAGUCUGCAGCCCCCGAGUUUGUGGAAGAGCAGGAAGAGCACCUCCUCUCUCAACCAGGUGUCGCUUACGGUGGAGGGAUCCACCAUGAGCGGCAGCCUGCAGCGCCGGAAGAAGAGCAAGAGGAAGUGGAAGCGGCUGUGGUUCAUCCUCAAAGACAAGGUGCUCUACACCUUCACAGCCCGUGAGGAUAAAGUGGCUUCAGAGAGUGUACCUUUGCAAGGCUUCACUGUCAAGCUAACAGAAAGGCCAGAGGGAGAGGAAAGCAAUGUGUUCCAUCUCUACCACAAGAAAACCCUAUAUUAUACAUUCAGGGCCGACGAUCCACAAACUGCACGCAGAUGGGUCAAUGCCAUGGAGGAGGCUACUGUUUUAUAGCACCCGCUCAGUAAAAUGAACACGCCCUGCUGUCUGUGACUGCUAGAACUCCUCUGUGGAGCACAACAUAGCUACCUGCUGCUUCUGAACUCAGACCACCAUCGAGAAUUCAUCACAUGUGACCUGCUGUGUGGAAUAUUAUGUGACAAUUCAAUCACCAGAUAAGGCUGCCAUCCAACUGUAGGACAGUAAAGGUGGGGGAUGAUGCUAUCUGGGGAGUGAAAAGUGGAAACUUCUUGUAGGAGAACGAUCUAACAUAUGAAACCUUUACGGGUUGCAGUGCGCUGGUCUGCAGGAAAAUGUUACAUCUUUCAUUUUAUAUAUGUGAAACAUUAACAGCCAUUGUUCUGUCAAAGGUAUAACAUCACAAACAAACUUUGCUUUGAAGUAGUAUUUGCAGCCAUUAAAAAAAAAAAAAAUUGGUCACCUUUUUAGAAAUUUGGUAUUCUGAAUAUAUAAUAUAUCAUAUUGCAGAUAUGAAGUGAAUUAUAGGGUUUGUUUGUAUAGAAAUGCUGUUACAUGAUGUUCUGAGUAAGAGGUCAUUUUAAUCAUCCCAGUGAGUGUACAUUAAAUUUGUUGUGAAGUUUUACAUAAUGUUACUAUUAUAUUGAAUCUACAAAGCUAUGGAAUGACCCUCGGCAUGACUCGACAGUAUUUCUAAGGAUGAACACUUUCAAAGAUACUCUCUGUUUGACUCAGUAGGUUUAAAAAAAAAAAAAGUCAUACAGUUCUUAAGUGCCAAUUGAUUUCUUCCAGUUGAAUGCAGUACAAUUUGCAAAUUGAUGAUGAAUGUGCCUGAAAUGAAAUUGUACCCCUUUUUUCGUCUUUAUAUUAUCAAAGUACUGUACUACUGUCUUGUCUCCAGAAGAGACCUUGAUAACAUUAGCUUUUUAUCUACUCGCAUAUACUUAAAACCUCUAGUAUUUUGAACAGUUCAGUUACAGUCCAGUAACAUAAGAAAAUACUUUUGUGCCAUUUAUAUUUCUGCUCUUUUCAUGCUGUAUAUACACUGCUGGAAUAAAUCCCACUUGGAAUAAAUGGAAAACACAUCGUCAUACUACCUAUGAACUGCCAGUGUUAAGAGUCUCCAUGUCUUCAGCAGUAGUGUUACACUGAAGUUUCACUCUUCUAAACUGCUUAACAUAACCAUAGAUUUUCUUAAAUAACCUACCUAAAGGCUUUUUUCAACUCCAUUCGGACGUCGACUUUACUACAUGUGAUCUUUCAACUGUCAAACUAAAUUAUUUCUAAAGCACACAUAUGUUCAUCAAGUACUGUUUGGCUUUUCUACCUGUUUCUUAUUUCUAUAAUGGACUGUACCUCUUGCAUAUAUUGCUUUGUAAAUGUUUGUGUAUAUAGAUACAUAUAGAAAUAAACUCCUUUAAAAAGUG